CUUGCCCGCAACCUGCCCGGAUCCGGCUGACCAGAGUGGGACGCCCGGGACGCCACGCCCAGGCCGAGGGCAGGCCCACCGGUGGGGCCGACCCGUGUGCGAGGCAGGUGGAUGGAGGCGCCUCCGGCUCCCGACUCCCGCCCCCUCCUCCUCCCCUUCUCCGGGUGGGCCAGCGCGCGCGGGCCGGGAGCGGGGAGGCGGCCUGAGGGCGGCGACGGCGGCGGCGCGGCCGGGCGGGUCCUGAGGCCACGGAGCGCGUCGGAGCGAGCGCACGAGACCCGCGGCGCGCCUGCGCUCCCGGACGGGAGAGGCGCCCACCAGCCGCAGCGGAGGGAACCAGGGAGCGCCAGGGGUAGGGCCGCCCUCGCGUCGCCCCCAAGAGCCGCCCGAACGGCGGGGCCGCCGCGAGGAGCCGCGGAGGCCGAGGACCCGGGAAGGAGGACCCCGCGGACGCUCGCAGCCCGAGGGAACCACCAGGGACCGGGCGGUCCUCGGCGACUUGGAAUGCGGACUCCGGAAGCGGCGCGCACGGUCAGGGCAAGGUGUGCCUUAGCUGCCCUUCGGUGAUGAGGGCCAGUUCACAAUAACUUACAGCUGCGACUCCUCUGACACCCACUCCACAAACUUCAGGUCUUUCUCAAGAUUUGGCCUGGCAUGUGGAUAGAAGUGCAUUCCUGCGACAGGGAAGACCCGGAGAGAAGGGAUCGUAUAGUGCAGUGGAUGUGACAGCAUGGGCGCUGGAGACAGAAAGGGUUUGCUUGCUUCCAUCUUCAUCACAUACUGGCCACAGGCAAGUUUCUUAAAUUCUGUUCCUUAGUUUCCUCAUGUAUAAAAUGAGAAUUAUAAUACCUGUCUCAUCACUUGCUCUAAGGAUUGAAGGAGAUGCUGCAUUAAAAUUAUUUAGAACAGUGCUUGACGUGGUGAGUUUUAUCUCACUGAAUGGACAGCCAAAAAAAUUUUUGAUAUGUAUAGUUUGAGAUACCUCUUGGACCUCUGAGCAGAGACGCAUGUGUAUGCCAUAGGAUGGUGGCAGUGAAGAUGCAAAGAAGUGAUCCAGUUUGAGAUUUAUGUUGGAGGUAGGUCCGAAGAGAUGUGGCAGUAGAGGGUCAUGGUUGAUUGGAUGGACUCUGAAGACAGACUGGGUUUGCAGUUUGCAUCCCAUCUCCACCACUUACUAGCUAGGGGCAUAUAUUGUAACCUGAGUGCCUCAGUUUCCUCAUGUUUGAAAUGAGAAGCCUAAUGGAAACUACCUCCUAGUUUGGUUCUAAGGAUUAAAAAUCUAAUAUAUCAAAUGUAUGGUAUGUGCCAGAUAUUAAGGAUGAAGGAUCAGGAGUCACAUUUUACUUGCUGAAGUGGGUUUUCAACAUACAAGUGAAGAUGUGUUGAAUAAAUGAGUGCAGGGAUCACGAAAACUCAAUGCUCAAGGUAUAAACUGGGCAUUUGUCAGCGUACUGAUGGUACUUAAAGCUCCAGGACUGAAUGAAAUCUCACAGAUUUAGUCUAUGGAUUGCAAAACUAAUGCAUGGUGUGUACUGAUUAUUAUUAAAGGGAGAAUGAUCCAACAAAGUAGAAAAAAAGAAAAGAUGAGAAGCACUUCACAAUUAAGGUCAUUGCUCAGGUAUACUCAGAUGGCACAGAAGUAGCAGGGAGUCAGAAAUAAUUGUAUAGCUCACUAAUUUUUAGGGAAAAUCUAAUUCCUAAAUUAACUCAUGAAACAAGUCUCAUUGGAAGAUCUAUACCACAAAUUAUCCUUCAUUUAACAUUUCGGUUAAUGCCUUCACAUUAGAUUGUAGGCUUCCGUGGCUCACAUGUGUGGUGGGUUUCCUUUGGUAUGUCAUGGCCCCUGGCAUGGUGGAAUGUAGUAGAAAGUGCUCACUUUAAAUACCUGUUAAAUUAAUCAUUUAAUUUGGUGACUGACAUAUCUUUUCCUUAGCUACUGGGGCCUGAAUCAUUUUGUCUGAGGAAGGCAUUUAAGUGAACAGCUCACUUUCCUGCUGUGCCCCAACUCCUUACCCCCAGUGACUGACCUUGGAAAACUGAUCAAAGCUCAGUGGUCAAGUUUCAGGAUACAUCUUAAUUUAUGCAUGUAGAAUCCAGAAAUUGUCUUUUGCCUCCUACAAAGGCCUAGGUGGAAAGUGAAAAGAUAAUGGGUUUGGGGUUUGAGCAAACCAAUGGUGGAAUUUCAGAUACUCACUAGAGCAGAACCUUUGCCAGUUUCAUAACAUUCUGAACCAUAGUGGUCUCAUAUAAAAAAUAGAGAUGAAGACACCUACCUCAUAAUGCUUGAAGGUGCUGAAUGAGAUAUGUCCUCAAAUGAUUGUUUUAUUUUCUAUCCUGCAAAAUAUGCUUUGUCUCAGGAAGGGUUGUGGGUGUUCAUAAAUUCCCAUUUAACUGUGUGCACCAACUACAGAUACACUCUUCAUCAAUUCAUUGUGUGCUUAAAAAAAUUCAGCCUAUUUUGAAAAGGAUGUAUACAUAUAUCCUUAAGUAGUGAGUGUAUGUGUGUAUAUGUAUUUGUGGCUAUAAAAUUACAGAGUUACAGAAAUGUACCGUUUACUUUUACAGACAUAAAUUACUUUUCUUAUUAUUUCUAAAUUGUUCUUCAAAUGUAAGGAGGGAUUUUUUAUAAUUGUAGUUUUGUUUUUUUUUUUUAAAGAGAUUUAGCAGCAUUCAUAGUCAGGGGCUGUCAUGGUCUCAUUAUUUCCUGGCCCCCAGAGGACAGCUGUGUUAAUUAAGUACAUUUAAUGAGGAAAAUUAAUGCCUCUUUGCCUAUGUUCUCCUUAAGCUACUACUGUUUCUUUACUUAUUAGUGCUUGUUAUAAUUUAUUAACCAUGAAUUAUACAUCUCUGCUCCUGCCUCCCCUCCCCAGACUGAAAUUACCAGGUAGAAAUUUGCAUAAAGUUACAAGCCAGUCAGUUAGCUUCUUGAGAAUAAAGUUGCCGUUGAACAGUUUCUUGUAGUGCUGGACGUCAGAAAAAUUCGACAGCUUUUCUGGAGCCAAUGCUGAUUUUCAUUUUCAAGCCAGGAGCUAAACAUAUAAAUCAUGUGCAGCACAGUGUACCUGUCUUUGGAAAGCUGGUUACAGUCACGUAUAUUUAUUAGUUUUCUCCAGUUGAGAGCUGCAUGUUUUCUUUGUUCU